GAGUUCUCACCUGAGCUCUUCCUGUUGUUCCCUCUUCCCUCUUCCGCAGCCACGCGCUGACACCGCGGACGCUCAGCUCCAUGUGAGACAGCGGGACGAAGAACUUCAACGCCGGUGAACGGGCUCACAGUCACUGUCAGUGUUUUUCCUCUCAGACUGAAGAUGAGUGGUUAUGAUGAGGAAGAGGAGGACAGAGUAUACUCUCCAGGGUCCAGCUGUGAGUCUCUGAAGAGUGACAUGUCCAUGGAUCAUCCUUUACUCUUCAGGAAUGAACCUGGACCCUCACACACAAAAGGUCAGGACCACAGACUGAGAGCAGAGUCUCCAGGGUCCAGCUGUGAGUCUCUGAAGAGUGACCGGUCCAGAAGAGAGCCUCUAAACUUCAGUAAUGAACCUGGACCCUCACACACAAAAGGUCAGGACCACAGACUGAGAGCAGAGUCUCCAGGGUCCAGCUGUAUGUCUCUGAAGAGUGAUAUGUCCAAAGAACCUCCUCCUUUCUUCAGUAAUGAACCUGGACCCUCAAACACAGAAAAGAGGAAGAGGAGUCAUGUUUCUGAGGAGGAGCAGUCGUCCUGCUGUGCUUCGUGUCAGGACGUCCUGAAGGAUCCAGUCUCCACCAGCUGUGGACACUGGUUCUGCAGACAUUGCAUCACCUCAUACUGGAACCAGACUGGUUCUUCAGGAGACUCCUCCUGUCCCCAGUGUCGACAAAGAUCCAGAACAGGAGCUGGAGCUCAGACAGCCGCAGAUCGUGGUCUGCAGGAGGUUUUAGAUGAACAAAAGCUCAGUCUGAGGAGGAGAUGUGAACAUGUGACUGAAGGAACUGAUGAAACAGGAAGUAGAACCCUCCUCAACAGGAACUACACUGAGCUCUACAUCACAGAGGGACAGAGUGAAGAGGUUAAUACUCAACAUGAGGUGAGGCAGCUUGAGACGGCUUCCAAGAGGAAGAUUCUCCAUGACACUCCCAUCAAGGUCCACGACAUCUUUAAAGCCUCGACUGACCAGCAGAGCAGCAUCAGAGUCGUCCUGACCAACGGAGUCGCUGGCGUUGGAAAAACCUUCUUGGUGCAGAAGUUCACUCUGGACUGGGCAGAGGGUUUAGAAAACCAGGAUGUGGAUCUGCUGACUGUGCUUUCGUUCAGGGAGCUGAACCUGGUGAAGGACCAGCAGCACAGUCUUCUCACGCUGCUCCAUGUUUUCCAUCCAGCGUUACAGAAGCUCACAGCAGAGAUGCUCGCUGUCUGUAAACCUUUGUUCAUCUUUGACGGCCUGGAUGAAAGCAGACCUUCUCUGGACUUCAACCACAGGGAGCUUGUGUCUGAUGUCACACAGAGGUCAUCAGUCAACGUGCUGCUGACAAACCUCAUCCAUGGGAAUCUGCUUCCCUCGGCUCUCGUCUGGAUAACCUCAAGACCUGCGGCGGCCAAUCAGAUCCCUCCUACAUGUGUUGACAGGGUAACAGAAGUACAAGGCUUCACUGACCCCCAGAAGGAGGAGUACUUCAGGAGGAGAUUCAGUGAUGAAGAGCUGUGCAGCAGAAUCAUCUCAAACAUCAAGACGUCCAGGAGCCUCCACAUCAUGUGUCAAAUCCCAGUCUUCUGCUGGAUCAGUGCUACAGUUCUGGAGCACAUGCUGACCACAGACCAGAGAGGAGAGCUGCCCAAGACCCUGACUGACCUGUACUCACACUUCCUGCUGGUUCAGACAAAGAGGAAGAACAAGAAGUACGGUGAGGGACAUGAGACGACUCCACAGAAGCUGACGGAGGCUGACAGGGACGUUUUUCUGAAGCUGGGGAGACUGGCACUUAAACAUCUGGAGGAAGGAAACAUCAUGUUCUACCAAGAAGACCUGGAGCGGUGUGGUCUUAAUGUCACAGACGCCUCGGUGUACUCAGGAGUUUGUACUGAGAUCUUCAGAAGAGAGUGUGUGAUCUUCCAGAAAUCAGUCUACUGCUUUAUUCAUCUGAGCGUUCAGGAGUUUCUGGCUGCAGUCUACAUGUUCCACUGUUACACCAAGAGAAACACAGAAGAACUCAAAAACUUCUUGGGAGAUAGGAACACAAGAAGUACCUUCUCCCUUGAUGACUUCCUGAAGAGAACCAUGGAGAAAUCCCUCACCAGUACAAAUGGUCAUCUGGACCUGUUUGUUCGCUUCCUUCACGGCCUCAGUCUAGAGUCCAACCAGAGAGUCUUAGGAGGCCUGCUGGGUCGGACAGAGAACAAUCCAGAGAUCCCCCACAAAGUCAUCAACAACCUGAAGAAGAUGGAGAGUGAUGACAUUUCUCCUGACAGAAGCAUCAACAUCUUCCACUGUCUGACUGAGAUGAACGACCACUCAGUUCAUCAGCAGAUGAGGCAGUUCCUGAUGUCUGAGAACAAAUCAAAGGAACUCUCUGAGAUCCACUGCUCAGCUCUGGCAUACAUGAUGCAGAUGUCAGAGGAGGUUCUGGAUGAGUUGGACCUGAAGAAGUUCAACACAUCAGACCAGGGUCUACGGAGACUGAUCCCAGCUGUGAGGAACUGCAGGAAGGCUCUACUCUGUGGUUGUCGACUCUCAGAGACUCACUGUGAAGUUGUGGCCUCGGCUCUGAAGUCAGACCCCUCACAUCUGAGAGAACUGGAUCUGGGUGGAAACGACCUGAAGGAUUCAGGAGUGAAGCUGCUGUGUUCUGGACUGGAGAGUCCAAACUGUCGACUGGAGACUCUGAGGAUGGAGUGCUGCAGUCUGUCAGAGAUCAGCUGUUCUUCUCUGGCUUCAGCUCUGCAGUCAAACCCCUCUCAUCUGAGAGAACUGGAUCUGAGCUUCAACAUCCUGCAGGACUCAGGAGUGAAGGAGCUCUGUGGUUUUCUACAGAGUCCAACCUGUCGACUGGAGACACUGUGGUUGAAGGACUGCAGACUGUCAGAGAUCAGCUGUUCUUCUAUGGCUUCAGCUCUGAGGUCAAACCCCUCUCAUCUGAGAGAACUCGGUCUGAAUGGCAACGACCUGCAGGACUCAGGAGUGAAGGAGCUGUUUGGUUUUCUACAGAGUCCAACCUGUCGACUGGAGACACUGUGGUGAAAACAUCUCGUCCUUGGUGCAGGUAAAAGAACAAAAUCACCAGUUUGACAUAAUGGAAACAACCAGAAGAAAAGUGAAUGUCACAUUUACAGUAUGAAGAAGAGUCAAUGAAGAGCAGAGCAUCUUUAAGUCUCUGAGGAAACUGUUCAAUAAAUAUUUUACCAUAUUUAACAGCAAACUGAGCAGAGGACGUUUUUUACAAACAUAGAUGAGGAUUCUUGUUGUACGAUCUUGACCACCACCUCAGAACAACCACCAGGGGGAGACUGUAGCAGGCCUCUGGGUACAGGAGCAUGCUGGGAAAUAAUUGAUGAUGGGAGGUUCACAGGAGAGACAAGUGACAGCAAGUGUCUGAGACAUGAUGUCCUGAAGACAGUGGACAUUUUGGGCCUGUUGUGUUGAACAGUUUGUGUUAUUUUAUGGAGACACUUGUCUCAAAACGAUGAUUUCACUUCAUGUUCAAGCCCGUCUCAGUUCUUUGUGACUUCAGGAUAAGAAAUGUUGACAAAGUCAGUUCCUGACAGGCUCAAGUUCUCACUGUGUGGAGAGGUCAUCAUGUGACUUUGUUAUUAUCAUCAACACACGUGUGUCAGUGUAAUAUGUGACUGUGACGCCAUGUUCAUGAACACGCUGCUCUAACAUCUGUCCAGCAGAUGUUGAAGCUCUGAGGUCCACUUCCUCUGCAGCAGAGUGAGACCAUCAUCUCUUCAUGGAGCUGUGCACCAGGCUGUUGUCACCGUGGCCAAACACAAAGUGUGAACAACACGUCGUCCAAAGGAUCCAUUAGAAUUCCAUCAAACACAUUUAUGGGAUAUACUUUAUACUUAUAAGGAAAAGUUUGUGCUCGUAAUGAAAUUCUACAUCUGAUCAAUAUGUCUCAGUAUAAACAGCCUGACAGCAGAUCAAAAAAAUUAUUUUUGAUUAUUUAUCAGUUGAUUUCAUUCAUUCACCAAACAAAAUUUAAAUGCAAACACAAAACCUCUCUUCCUGAAAGACAUUGUGGACACAAACUUACAAAGCAGUGUAGUGACUUUCACUCUCACACAGACAAACGCACACCGAUGCUGAUUUCCUGAAUUCCGUUGCUCCUUUGUCAGGCACAGAUGAAAUGAUUAUAAAACGUGUUUGAUUCAUUGUAAUAAAUAGACAGAUAACAAUGUUAAUAGCUUAGACACCUCAACAUGUUGUCAGACAUAUAUAUACUAUUAGUAAAUACUACAAUACAACAGGUUUACAGUAUAAAUGUUUUCAUUCACAUUGUACGACAUAUUUAAAGACUUAAUUAACUCAGCAUCCCAUAAACAUUCAGUGCACAGUCUGUAAUGAAACGAUAAAACAAAUUAGAGCAGAGAAAACAUUGAGACAUCUACAAUUAUCUUAUUUACAUUGUUGACACAAACUUA